UUUUAUUUCUGAGUUCUGGCCGUUUAUGUAUUUACUUAAAGACUUUUCAUUUUCGAAAUUUCCGAGUUUCUUUUAAAAUCAAAACUGCAUUUUUUUUGGUUUGUAAUUAAUUUUUUGCCAGUUCUACUAGCUAACGCUUGAUGAUCGUUAUGCGAUACCAAGCGGUGGAUUGGGGCCAGCUAGCGUGCUCGUUCAUGCAAACGAUCCAGUCUUCUAACUGGUAACCGUAAGUGAACAUAAAUCCAAAAUGGGAAAGAUCAUCACCAGCAAGGAUAAAGCGCGGAGUGCUGAUUUUAUCCGGCCUCCCGUGCGCUACCACCCUCACAUGGUGCCGGGAAACGCCUUUCGGCCACCUCGCCCAAAUCCUCCGCGGCCGCAGCCCGUAGGACGCGGAAUUGCCAGCACCGCCUCGGUCCCUUGUCUGCCCCUGGCCAGUGCUCCCAGGGGCCCGCUGCAGACUGGUCAUAUUGGCAACCGGCUGCAUCCGUCUGCCUCCUCGGAUCAGAGCCGCGCUUCUUACCCGCAACCCUUUAAUUCCACUGGUUAUUCUGCCAACCGCAACCCAGUAGCCGUCCGCAGCCAGGACGUACUGUUUGAGUCUACUCAUACUGCUUCCUUGGCGCAGGAGCUUUCAUAUGGAGGGGAGAAUGCUGAUAGUUCACCCGAAGGGCCCAUCCUAGAAGGAUGUUCUACGGAUCUGUCGACGUGGGGACUGCCCCAACAGAUCGUAUGCGCCUACGGUCGAGCCGGUAUCACCAGCAUGUUCCCCUGGCAGGCGUCCUGCCUGUCCAUCGGCGCCGGCCGCGCCCUUAAUGGAGGUAAUUUGGUCUUCUCGGCGCCCACCAGCGCCGGCAAGACCCUGGUGGCGGAAAUCCUGCUGCUGAAGCGCGUGGUGGAGACCAAACGGAAGGGCCUUCUGGUGCUGCCCUUCGUGGCCCUGGCCCAGGAAAAGCUCACUGGCCUGCAGCGCCUCCUCAAAGGCAGUGGUCUGCGUGUGGGCGGCUAUAUCGGCAACAGCAAUCCGCGCGGCGGACUGGCCUUGCUGGACGUGGCUGUCUGCACCAUUGAGCGCGCCAACUCACUGGUUAAUCGUCUGAUGAAGGAGGGCAAGUUGCAGGAGCUGGGCGUAGUCGUGGUGGAUGAAUUGCACCUGGUGGGUGAUCAUUCCCGGGGAUAUCUUUUGGAGCUGCUGCUUACCAAAGUCAUGUACGUAAACCGGACGCGGAGUUGCGAGGACGAAUCGCAGCCCGAGACGGGAUGGAUUCAGAUUGUUGGCAUGAGUGCGACAUUGCCGAAUUUACCGCUCGUGAAGAAAUGGUUGGAUGCGGAUUUGUAUAUCACGGAUUUCCGUCCCGUUUCAUUGACGGAAACGAUCAAACUCGGCUCGUUCUUAUACAAUCGUGAGUGGACGAAACUGCGCGACCUCUCUGCAAUCUCUGACAUCCUCGACCCCGAACAGAUGUGCGGUUUGUGUCUGGAGACAGUGCAGGGAGGACACUCGGUGCUUGUGUUCUGUCCCACGAAGAACUGGUGCGAGACAGCUUCUCUCAACAUUAGUGCACAAUUUGUCAAAACCCUUCCGCCCAACACGGUACGCACUGAACAUUUGAACGAACUCCUUGAUCAGCUGAAACGGACACCGGCCGGACUGGACGCCAUCCUACGGAAGACCAUCCCGCAAGCGGUGGCUUUUCAUCAUGCCGGCUUGACGGCCGAUGAGCGAGAAGUGGUGGAGGGCGGGUUUCGCAAGGGACUGAUUAAGGUGCUAGUGGCUACUACCACUCUGUCGGCAGGAGUAAAUUUGCCAGCUAGAAGGGUUAUUAUUCGCUCGCCAAUGGUAUACGAGGGCACUAUGAAGGGGAUGGAUCCCUUGACGUAUCGGCAGAUGGCUGGCAGAGCGGGUCGGAAGGGAGUGGACACACAAGGCGAAAGCAUUUUGAUAUGUAAAAACACCCCGGAAGAAGUGCGAGCAGUCAACACCAUCUUUUCGGCCGCAGCGCGCCCUUUGAAAAGCUGCUUGUCAAUUGGAUCGUGCGACGCUCCCAGCGCAUCCGUCCAGCGCGCUGUCCUGGAAAUUAUUGUUAAUAAGGCGGCGCUAUGCGUCGAUCACAUCUUCACAUAUCUUCAGGGGGCACUUUUUGCCUGUGAACUGAACAGCGAAGAAGAGUGCAAGCGAUACGCCGCUGGUGUGAUUGCCGCGUUAGAGCAGUCACAUUUCAUCCAGACCGACGAAGACGGGGGCAGCGGUGUGCGAGCCACCCAGCUGGGCAACGCGGUGAUCUGUUCAGGGUUAUCGCCGGAAGACGGGAAGACAGUGUUUGAAGAGUUGUCCGCCGCCCGGCCCAACGUCAACCUGCAGAAUGAGCUGCAUAUUCUGUAUCUGGUGACGCCGUUAAACGUGGUGCGCAGCAUCGGCGACAUCAAUUUCUACCAGUUCAUGAACAUCUGGGAUAAAAUGUCGCCAGAAUGGCAGAAAGUGGGUAAUUUGGUGGGCGUCGAUGAAGCAGCACUGCUCAAAGGGGUCAGGAACGAUUUGAAGGAACCGCUACGUCUCAGCCGGAUUAAACGCUUCUGGUGUGCCUUGAUGUUGAACGAGCUAGUUCUGGAGACCGGUCUGGGAAAAGUGGCGCGCAAGUACGAUGUCAACAAAGGCGUCUUGCAGUCGCUGCAGCAUGGAGCUGCUUCCUAUUCAGGGAUGAUCACGGUGUUCUGUGAGGAGUUGCACUGGGACAGUAUGGCGUUGCUCUUCGAACAGUUUCAGAGCCGAUUGGAGUUCGGGGUGAAGCGGGAGUUGGUGCAGUUAGUGCGGGUGGUCCAGCUCAGUGCUCUGCAGGCUCGGUGCCUCCAUGAUGCCGGUUUCGCCAGCCUGACCAAACUGGCCACGGCUGAGCCGCCGGAAGUCGCCGAUGUGCUGCGCAAAGCGACUCCCUUCGAGCUGAUGGACAUGGCUGACGGAAUGAAGAGUAACGUGGUGCUUAACGGGAUGCUGGCUUUGCCAAGCGUGGAGGCUGCACAGUUAGUCAUUACCGAAGCACGACGUUUGGUGGAAGCGGAUAUGGAGGUGGAGGGAUUUCUGGUCAUUCCCAAUAAGCUCAUGGCUUGAGCCUAUAGAUAUAGUAGCCCAGCGCAUUAUUGUCGCAUAUUUGAUCUUCAUACAGUUUGCUCUUUUGUUAUUGCUUCUCGGAUUUUUUAUGGUUGGAACUUGUGCGAUGAUCCUUUGUGAUAGAUCUGUCUCUUUUCUAGCAAGUCUGUCUCAUUAAUGAACAAUUUGUAAGCAUUUUAUCUGAUUACAGAGA